AUGCUAGCAUGGACAACAAAUUCAUCGACACGUGCUAUUCUUGGAUAUACAAUUGUUUCCACUAUUCAAGUACGAUUUCCAGCCAAUGGAAACAAUGUAACAAUGGUUCAAGUCAUUGCACGUAUUCGAGAUAUGUAUGGAUGCAUGACUGAAAUCGAUCUACCUACUGUUUCUAUUAUCUUUGAUAUGGCAACAAUAAACAAUUUAAUCAAUGAUAUUCUUACAACUCCCAUGAAUUUAGUAAAUAAUACUCAACUCAAUAGUAAUCCAAUAGUUGUAGUUCUCGCAGGUGGAAAUCAAAAUCUAGUUAGUCAAGUACUCAUUGCACAAGUACAAGCACUGAAUCCCAUGAGCAUGAAGAUUUUGCAAGCAGCUAUUGCAGUGGCAAUCUCAGUAGCAUCAUUAAAUGAUGAACGACAAGUUCCAUUACCUUCUGCAUUGAAUACAUCUACUAUGAUCGAAUACAAUCAACAAUGGAAUUAUUUUGCAGCCGCUCGCGAUUAUCUAAUCAGUUUCUGCACCAACCUGGUGAUAACGACUAUUGACAGUAUCAUUUUACAAAGUUCAAUGUUAGCUCAACUAACUGAGAUAACAUCUCAGUUGACACGAGAUACAACUGUACGAUGA